UCUCUCUCUCUCUGUCAAAUAAAUCAAUCAAUCUAAAAAAAAAAAAAAAAGCAGAGGAUAUGUUUUCUCCAGGUGCCUGAGUCAAGUGCCAAGAGAACCAAAGAGUGAAUAAUGCAAUUUUAAGAACAACCAGUUCAAGAAAGCAGGAGAUAUUGAUAGCUCAUACCAGCUCUUACAGAAAGGGCCCCAAGGCCUUCCUGGAACUACAGAGCUAGGUCAUUUGUCAAAGGUCUUAGGUAAGGAGCCAGAGCUGUAAGACACAGUAUAUCACCAACCCCAUCACCUGCCAGUGCCCGCCCACAGUGGGCACUGUAGCAACUUAUGCUGCCUGAGGCCAUGCUCAAGGCCACAGGACAGCUUAGCAAGACCCAAAAGCCCAGGGAGUCUAUAGCAGUUGCCUGCCUACUUGGAGGAAAGUCCUGUCCCUUGCCUUCCUCUUCAUCAGGCUUGAACCCAGGUGACUUCUGUAACGCCCAGUCCUCCAGGUGUCCCUCUACAAUGGCACCAGCAGGAAGAAGGCGAUCAGGGCCCUGGGUCACAUGUGAUGUUCUGCAGGAGUGACCGUGAUGGUGCUGGAAGAGCCCUCCUAGGGGGCCAGCAGAGGAGGCUGGAACCGGGACUGGCUUGCUGCUAGAAACCUGGAGGAAGGAGUUAAGAAGGCCGGGCUGAUGACCGUGGAGACAGAGCUCUGUUUAUCCAGGAAAAGAGGUCGUACGUAGGCAACGGAGGCCCCUGCCAGCUCCUCCCAGAAGGACUGGGCUGGGGGAGCGGGCUGGAGAGGAAGCUGAUCCCCUCCGGGCUCUGAACACCUGCCAGCCAGAGGCCAGGAACCAACGGCAGCUCACAGACCUCCACCGGGAACGCUGAAUCUGCACCCUCUAGAUCUCGCGGAAUUCGGAUUUUCCCCACCCCCACCCCACUGCAUGUGGCUUUUGGAGAAAGCGGGCUACAGGCUGGGGCCCCCGGAGUCCAGGCGCCGCUGGGCGCCGUCCAGCCUGCUCCCUAAGCGCCGAGCCCCGGGCCCGCCCGCGCGCGCCUGUCCCAACGUGCUCACUCCUGAUCGCAUCCCGCAGUUCUGCAUUCCGCCUCGGCUCCCGGACGCCAGCGGCGCCGAGCCCCCGGCCGGGCGCAGCCUCCCCGCGGCCUGUUCGCUGCCGCACCUGGCAGGCCGCGAAGGCUGGGCCUUCCUGCCCGAGAGCCCGCACACGCGCCGGCGCGAGUCCCUGUUCCAUCCGCCGCCCGUCGCCGCCGCCGCCGGGGGGCUUUCCCCAGCGCACGCCCGGCUGCACGUCUCCGCCCCGGACCUGCGCCUCUGCCGGGCCCCCGACAGCGACAACGGCGGCGGCGGCUGCUGCGUGGUGCUGAGGCUGCGGCCGCGCGUCCGGCCACGGGGCCAGAGGAGCCGCGUGGUCAGAUGCAGCGCCAACCCCAUCUUCAACGAGGACUUCUUCUUCGACGGGCUGGGCCCGCCAGACCUGGCCGCCCGCAGUCUGAGGGCGAAGGUGCUGGACAGGGGCGCAGGCUUCCGCAGAGACGUGCUGCUGGGGGAGUGUGAGACGCCCCUCAUUGCCCUCCUCCCCCCCUUGGAUGGGGGGUUAGGUCCGGGGACCUUCCUGGCGCCUGCCCAUCUCAGCCUGUAGACUGAGAGACUGUCUCUUGCUCAAAGAGGUCUCCCCUAGGUCUGCAGUAUUCAUUCUUUUCAUCUGCCCAGCCUGUAUUUAUUUUUGCUAAUAAAAUGUCCGUUGUUAGCAGGAUCUCUCCCCUCGUUGGCACCCUACACUCAGAUUUGCAGCCUACUCUCUUCCUUCUGCCUGGGCUAUACCAGGAUGCAAGAAGCUCAUUCACACUGAGCUGGAGCAGACGGCAAGUGGUGGUUCUCAAACUUGAGUGAGCUUUAGAAUAAUCAGACAUCAGCAAUCCUGGGCUCCAUCCCCCAGAGACGCUGAAGCUAGGUGAAUAGGUCUGGGCUGGGUAGGUCCUAGGGCCCUGUCCAAAAAGGCCUCCACCCCUUCAGGAGGCCCUCCCAUCCCUGAGUCGCUCCAGAAAAAAAGCUCUGUGCCGGAAACCAACAUCAGCCACCUUCCCCCAGGGGGCUCCUUGGGGCUGCACAGGGAAAAUCAGCAGUCCCCCGCUCAUCUAUCUCGCCACAUCUAUCUGUCCUGAGGAGAGAUGACAUUUCUGUGUCUUGAGAGUGAGUCAGGAUAUGUCAGCACACAGUGCUGAGUUAGGUGUCCUCUCUCUUGCCUAUGCCUGUGUCACCCUAGGGGGGGAAGCUGCAGCCAAGAGUCUGAGAAGCACUUGGAGGAGAGAAUGGUGGAGAUAAAACGUUCCAGGGAUUGAGAUGGGGAGGGCGUCCUACCUGAGUGUGAAAGCUCCUCUCAGAGAUGCCGGGAAAAGGCUACUGCAGUGAGUCGGGGGAGGGUGGGGAAGGAGAUGGAUAAAUGUAGGUCAGAUUGUGUUUACCUCCUACCUGAAUGCCCCUGACGUCAGCAGUGACCUUCUUCUCUCUCUCUCUCUCUCUCUCUCUCUCUCUCUCUCCACCUUCCCUGGAGCUGGUUCCUGGUUGGCUCAGGCCAGGCUUAAAGGAAGAAAGGAGGGAGGGAGGGAGAGGAGGAGGAAGGCACUGGGCCAAUCCAGUUUCUUUCCCCCUUCGCCUUGGGCCCUUUCUCAGUUUCCAUGGUGCCUUGAACCAGGGACGGACCUGCCGGAUCCUGAUAAACCUCCGCCUGUGUGAUGCUAACACAACACACACGUCCUUCCCGUCAGAUCGCUGCGACGCCGUCUCCCUCCCCGAUGAGGUGCCCCCACCAACAGCCCCCGCCCAAGGCCAGGGAACG